GUUACUAAACUCACAAAAGUACAAUCAGUCUGUAUAUGUGGUAAAGCGGGGUUCAGCAUGCCAUCGAUCGCAAUCGACUGGUCGACCAUGACCAUGUCUCUGCCUCCCUCUAGCCUCGACUGCUCUCAUGUUACCUGCAGCGAAAUCAAGAGGCAGCAUAGUGCUGGAUUACAGUAGGGCUCAUCGGGGCACCCGAGGGCCCGGGGUCAGUAGGGGGCCCCAUGAGAUGCCCCUGGUACCUUUUUCAUAGGCUUUUUUGAGUUUGGGCAAGGACACAGGGGCCCCAUGAUCCCCUAUUGCCCGGGGGGCCCCAUGA